GGAAAUUUCUUUAGUAAUGUGUUCAAACAGAAAAAUUGGGGAGAAAGAAAGCCCAAUUAACAUGUUUAAAUAAUUUCUCUUUUUGACUUCUUUUGCUAGGAAAUGACCCUCUUUUUUUCUGUUCAGCAGUUCACAAGACAUUUUAGGACCCAUUUGCACCUUCCUUUCUGAAUACUCUAUCACAUCUCAAGCAAACCCUUAAUUUUCGUUUGCAUUUAUUUUUAGUUAAUGAAUUUUUAUUUUCUUGGCAAAUAAUGCUCCUUGAACCUGAAGAGGUUUUUUUGUUUUGUUUUGUUUUGUUUUGUUUUGUUUUUGUAAGAAUGACAGCUUAGCUGAAUUUCCCCAUUCUGCUUUUUGCAUGGCUAUGUCUUAAUCCAAAGUACAUAAAUUAAAUGUGGAUAUUUUGUACCUAGGAUUGAAAUUGGCCGCGAACCACCUGAAGUGAAGUCAGAACUUAUCGAACUCCUUGAGUUGUCAGAGGAAAGGAAGAAAUAUUUUAUGGAUUCGCUCAUAGUACAGGAAAAAAUUGGAGAUAUCACUAUUGUGAGAGGACAAGCAAGUAUUUGUAGAAGUCCAAGAGUACCAUGGUACUGGAUGGCCAGUGACCUGAAAUUUGUUAUUGGGGCACUGAAAAUAUUAAUAGAAGAAGAUCAGGGAUGUAGAAAAAACAUCCAAGCUAUCUUUGAGCAGGCUAACAUUUUUCAAGACAAAUAUAAAGACAUGAACACAUACAAAGUGAAUAUGGAACAGAAACCUGAUGAAUCAAAUAAAGAAGGCACAUUUUUACCAUUGGCCCCAGAAGAAGAAUUAUUACUAGAACAAUUUAAAAUAAAACCUAAAGAGAUAAAAAAUGAAGAUUUAUCACCAGGGCAAUUAUUAGCCCAAGGGGAUUUCAAUUCAGGUGUGAAAAAUGAGGCACAGAGAAGAUAUUCAGAUAGUUACCUUCCCAGCGGUGACUUCAUGGCUUCUGGCUCUAAAAGCAAUACCAUAGAUACCCCAAUAAAAAAAGAAAAAGAAGAAGAAGAAAUAGUAGUGGAGGAAGAGAUUAUUAGCACUGGAAAACCUACAUGGGGAAAGGCUAAAAAGAGAUUUUCCUGGUUCCGCAAUAUCAAAGAACGCAAGCUGUGGAACUUCUUUCAUUUUAAAAAACAUGACAAACAAGUAAAGAAUGUGCACAAGUGGGAAGAAAUUGAUCAAGAGGUAUUGGAUGAUUACUGUCCUUAUUCUACUGAAGCCCCUAAAACAUUGCCAACACAGUGGACAAAUAUUGAAGUUGGUAAUUGGUUAUGGAGCAUUGGAAUGGAGGAGUAUGUUGUAAAAUUUUAUUGUAAAGGAAUAAAUGGUGGAAAACUCCUUAUACUGGACAAUCGCUCGCUAAAAGAAAUCGAAGUCAACAGGAAGAAAGACCGCCGGAAAAUACUUAAGGCUAUUAAGAAAAUUAGAGAUUUUUUGGAAAAAAAUCAUAUUUGGGUCUUACUAUAGAAAUUGAUGGAAAGAAGACACAGAACCUGAAAGAUAUGGCAAAAAUGGAAAAUGCAAUUACUUUUGUUAUAUUGACUUUUCAUCAUUUUACUUGUAUGUUACUUUUGUUAUAUGAACUUUUAAUCAUUUUAUUACUGUUAUUCUGUUAUAAUUAACUUUUAAUCAUUUUGUUACUGUUACUUUUGUUGUUAUUAUCUUUUAAUCAUUUCACUUCAAUGUUACUUUUGUUAUAUGAACUUUUAAUCAUUUCACUUCUAUGUUACUCUUGUUAUAUGAACUUUUAAGGGAUUUUACAUCCAUGUUGACUUUUGUUAUAUGAACUUUUAAGGGAUUUUAUCUUCAUGUUACUUUUGUUAUAUGAACUUUUAAUCAUUUUAUUACUGUUAUUCUGUUAUUAUUAACUUUUAAUCAUUUUAUUACUGUUACUUUUGUUAUUAACUUUUAAUCAUUUCACUUCCAUGUUACUUUUGUUAUGUGAACUUUUAAGGGAUUUACUUCCAUGUUAUUUUUGUUAUAUGAACUUUUAAUCAUUUCACUUCUAUGUUAAUUUUGUUAUA